AUGAGGGUCGCUGCUCGCCAAAUUUCAUUGGCUAUACUCUUUUGUGGCACAUUUGCACAGAAGUCGACCACAAUAACUACAAUCUUUGUAACGACACGGUGGACAGAAACGCAAACCUGCUCUUCACAAUUGCAACUAUGUGAGGAUGUCAUCUGGAAUCCAUUAGUUUCCUCUGUGGGAAAUGGGACUGUAGGUCCUAGCUCCUGGUUGCCUUCUAAUUCGAUACCGCCUGGAAGUUUCAGCACUUUCACGACAUCUCGAAAAACAGGUUCAAUUAGUACUAUAGCUAGUAGCUAUACUGAGAAUGUUACCGUUCCGUCGUGGAGUUCGAUCUCAACUCCGACGAGCACCCCGAGCUCCUUCGUUCUGCAAUCGUUGGACGGUGAUUCACCAGACUCUUAUUUUCAACUCUUCUCAGAUGGACGUCUUGGCUUGGUUAAGAUUGCAGAAACCUCCGCACCGAGAUUCAUGCUCCAAGGGGGUCGACUUUUAACGGUAGAGGAACCGGUCGAGGCCAUAUUCCUUAGAAGAGGAACUAUUCAGAAACGUCAAGACGCAAUUUCGCUGGACGACAUUGGAGAACUACUCCAUGACAUUCUCGAGUCUGGCGAGAUUUUGAGUACCGAUAUAUUAUCGCGCAUCUUCUUCAACGAGAUUAUAUCGUCUAAGAAGAGCUCAGGGGGGAUACUACUUGAGAAUGGCCGCUUACCCUGGGUCUACUCCGGAUGGUUGGCUACCAGCCCUCGUUGGGCCGAUACAACCUUCCCAGAGUAUAUCGUCUACAACAGGACUGCAGCCAUCUCGUACUCUAGUUUCGAGCCAAAUUACAAGGACAGGCUCUUCUAG